AUGGAAGUCAUAAAAAAUGAAGUCUUAAGAUAUAAAAGAAAUAACACAUUUCCAAUAAUAUUAUAUUUAAGAAAAUGUAUGAGUACAACAAUUGUAGAGGGUAAGAAAUAUGGAAUACAAGAAAAUAAAAUUAGUUCUAUAAAGGACACAAUGAAUAAUAAUAUAAUUAAAUCGAAAAUAAAAAAUGAUUCAUAUUUCAAAGAGGAAAAUACUAAUAUUACUGUUAGUAAUAAUAUUAUUAAAAGUAAAAAUAAAAUGGCACAAUAUAAAUAUGGUAAUAUUAAUUUUCUUUUAAAAAAUGCUGAGUAUAAUGCAUAUAAAGAUAAACAAGUAUUAAAUGAUGUAAUAGAAACUAUUUUUGAAAAUACAGUGAUAAUAAAUAAUAUGAAUUUUGUUAAUUUUAAUAUGAUACUUACAUUUGUUAAUAAAUAUUCCUUAAAAAUAAAAAAAAAAAAAAUAUUACAUGAUAUUUUAUUCUUAUUACAUAAAUAUAUAGACAUAAGAAAUGAUGUUAUAAAUAAUAACAAUUCAUCAUGGGUUAAUAUUAUAAAUGCCGUUGUAGGCAUUUCUAAGAAUAACAGUUACUUGUUAUAUUUAAUUCGUAAUCAUUAUAAUAAUAAGGAAUAUAUGAAUGGUAAUACCAAUAUGUAUAAGAAUAAUAUUUUAAAUAUAUAUAAAAAUGAAAAUAUAAAUAGUAGACAUUCCUUUAUUGAUAAAUUUAUACAUAGAAUAAUGAGCACAAAAAAUUAUAAUUAUUCCAUAAGAGAAAUUUCUUUAUUGUUUCAUGCAUUCUCAAAAUUGAAUAUUAAAAACGAGAAAAUGUUCUCUUAUUUUUAUGAAUUAAUGCUUGAUAAAGAUUUUAAUAAAUUAAAUUGUUUAGAUAUACAUCUAUUUCUUCAUUCUAUUUAUAAACUACAACUAAAUUAUUCUAAUGCGUUUGUUCAAAAAAUAAAAGAACAAGUUUUAAAAAAUUUACACGACUUUUCAAGUGGGCAGUUAGUAAAUAUAUUAUUAUCUUAUUCUUACUUUUUUAAAAAGCAAGCAGAAGGAAACAAAAAAAUAAAUGACAUUGAGAAGGUGGAGAAGAAUAACAUCACCAAUAACAAUAACAAGAAAAACAAAAACAAAAACGAAAACAACAUAAAUAACAACAAUAAUAAUAAUAAUAAUUAUAUGAUAGAUAACAAAUCAAUUUCUUAUUCUUUUAAAGAAAGCACAAUAAAUUCAAAUGAUAUAUUAUUACAUAAUAUAUUCAAUAAAUGUUUAUUAAAUUUGAAUUCAUUUCCUAAUAGAGAGUUUUGUAACUUUCUUAAUUUCAUUAUUCAAAAUAAAAUAAAUAUAAACGAGAAACAAAAGAAUAUUAUUUUGAAAAAUAUUAUAAGCUUGUUACAAAAUAAACACAACAUGUUGAAAUUACAACUUAUGAUAGAUUUAGACAUAUUUACUGUCAUAAAUUUCAUUUUUAAAUAUAAUAAUAAUAACGAUUCUAUAAAUAUAUUAAACCAUUUUUCUUAUAUCAAUUUGGAAGAUCAUAUUAUUAAUUUAAUAAAAAAAAAUAAAUUUAAACAAGAUCUUUUAAUAUAUAUAUUACAUUUUUAUAAAAACAAAAAUUUUAAAUUUUACGCCCAAGAUAGGAUACAUACUAAUCAAUAUGAUAUUUUAUUUUUUCUUCAAAAUAUGACUAUAAAUAAAUUAAAUAUAAAAAUGAAAAUUAUCUUGUUAACAUCUAUGGAAUGGCAUAAUAAUACAACAGAAAAAAUUAAAGAUAUAGAACAAUAUAAAGUAAAACAUAUAAGUCAAUAUAACGAUUAUUAUUAUAAAUUAUUAAAAUGUUUAUAUGAUGAUAUAUAUAAUAUUUUAUCAACGAAUCAUUUGAUGUGUGAGGAGACAUCAAUGGAUAAUAGUAAUGAAGAAUUAAAUAUAUAUGAGAAAAAAAAAAAUGAUAGUGUAACAUUUACUUAUCUUGAUAUGAAAGAAGUUUUAAAAUUAUUAAAAAUAAAAAAUGAUAAUAAUGAGGAAAAUAAUAAAAACCAUAAUAUAUGUAUAAAUACAUAUAAUCAUUAUUCAUUGAAUUCUUAUAACAAGAAAUCUUAUGAAAAUGAACUUAUUUAUCAGAAUGAUAUAAAGAAAGUAGAAAAUAAUCUUUUUCAUAUAUUACAAGAAUAUAUAAUAGAUAAGGAAAUCAUAGAAUUAUUUUAUAUCAUCAUAAUGAAUAAAAAUGUGUAUCCUGACUUUAUAAAUAAAUCUGAAAUUAUUAUGAAUAAAUAUUUUGAAACAUUAAAUAAGGACAUUAUACAAAAUUGUCAUAAUUAUAACAAUAAUAUAAGAAAUGAAAAAAAAUUAUCAUAUAAUUUUAUCCAUACAUUAAAUAUGUGUAAUGAAAAUAUGUUUAUAAAAAGGAAUAAUAUAUCAAACUUUUUAAAUAAUAAAAAUAUAUUAUUAAAAUGGUUAAAUAAUUUUAUGACAUAUCAUUUAGAGGAUACAAAAGAGAACAACAUGUCUUUAUAUUUUAAUUUAUAUGUACAUAUGCUUUUAUUUGAUAUAAAUAAUAAUAUAAAUAAUUUCUUGAAUAAUAUAUUUGAUAAAAUAUGUAAUUUUUUGAAAAAUGAUAAAUUGCAAUUUCAGAAUAAUUUAAUAAAUAUUAUUGAUAUAUACUCUUCUAUAAUUAAGUUGGAUAAUGGUCAAUAUGAUAUAUAUAUAAAGAAUAUUUAUUAUUAUACAUUUUUAAAAGUUUUUCAAUAUUAUAAACAAUUAAAUAUUAAAUAUAUGUCACUUUUAUAUUAUUCAAAUAUAAUACAAUUAUAUGUACAUAUAUAUCAACCACAAUAUUAUAAUUAUCAAGUGUCUUUAUCUUUACGAUUAUUAAAAGAAUUAUUUUAUUUAUUUAUAAAUUCAUUGGAUAAAUCUACAUAUAAUUCAAUUUUAACACAUUUCAAUGAAAUUCAAAAAUAUAAAAUAUAUAAUAAUAAUUCGAUGUGUAAAUCAUCUCUAUUAACAUUGAAUGAUAUAAUUUAUAUUUAUAGGUCUAUGACCAUAUUUCACUUUCUAAAUAUAUAUAAAUAUAUGACCUUUAAAGAAUUAAAAACAUUUUAUAAUUUCUAUAAUAUCUUAAAAUUUAUUAUUUUUAAUGUGAACAAUUUUGAUAUAAACGACUUUACACAAACACAUAAAGGAGUUUCUUUUGUUCAUAAUUCAGUUUUAUACUUCCUAAAAUAUUUUCUUAAGGAUACAAAAAAAUAUAAUAUUAUGUGUGAGAAGGUUGUUUUUCCACUCUGUAUAAUUGAUAUAUUAAUUGAAGCGACAUGA